AUGACAUUAGAUAACACGUGCCACGUGUUUGCCGAAAGAGUUGAUAAGGACGGUGCUCUCGCCGAGUUCUCGCCACUUUUCAGAGCUCCCCGAAGAAAGAUGCUCCGAAACGUGUCAAUUCUGUUAGUACUUCUGGCCGCUGGCGUUGCGGCGAAACACGUCGAGCUGCCGGCUCCGUAUAAGGAUCAUUGCAUUUUGGAUGAUAAACAGAACCUCUAUGAUCCAAGCAGACAAUUCGAUAUCAAGUGGACAACGCCAGGCUGUCUGUAUGAGCGUAACAUUUCUCCGCGGUUCAACUUCUGGCCAUUUGGGGCUCCGUCAUCACCAUAUCAGAUGAAUCGUCUUGGCGGACACGAGGAGGAGUACCAGGAGAUUCUGGACUACAUGGAGAACAUCGCCGUGGAAGGAGUUGGAGAGCUUCCAGCAUCCGUUGAGGGAAGAGAUCUCGUAGACAUCUACUUCAACUACUUGCUCGAGGUGCUGGAUAACCAUUAUUGA